AUGUCUUGGCCUGCUCUGUACGCCCAGCUGGUCGGGGUGAACCAUCACUCCACCUCUCUUGGUAAAAUCUGGCUCUCCGUGCUCUUUAUUUUCCGGGUCAUGGUUCUGGUUGUUGCUGCAGAGAGCGUCUGGGGGGACGAACAGUCUGAUUUCACCUGUAACACACUGCAGCCUGGUUGUGAGAACGUCUGUUACGAUCAUUUCUUUCCCGUGUCCCACAUUCGCCUCUGGUGUCUUCAGCUCGUCUUUGUCUCCACACCAACACUAAUGGUUUCUAUGUAUGUGGCUUAUCGUAACCAUGAUGAUAAGAGAAGUACUGGCCGAGUUGGAUCUCUCAGCAGUAAGGGACAAGAGGAAGAGUUAGAGACGCUAAAGAAGAGGAGACUGCCGAUAUCUGGUGUCCUCUGGUGGACGUACCUCUGCAGCCUGGUGGUCAGGCUGCUCUUUGAAGGUGGAUUCAUGUACGCCCUGUAUGUGGUGUACGACGGCUUCCAGAUGCCAAGGCUGGUGCAGUGCGACCAGUGGCCGUGCCCCAACCUGGUGGACUGUUUUAUCUCGCGCCCCACGGAGAAAACCAUCUUCACUGUUUUCAUGGCCGCUGCCUCAUCCAUCUGCAUUGCCCUGAAUGUGGCUGAACUUGCGUAUCUUGUUGCCAAGGCUCUCACUAGGUAG